AUGGCGGCCUCCACGGCUUGCUGGCUCCUCUUCCUACCCGCGCUGCUCGGCUUCCUCGGGGAGGCGUCCGGUGGUUUUGACGCGGGGGCCUCCCGCGACGAUGACUUGCUGCUGCCCUACCCCUCGCGAGCGACCCCCGACGCCGGCGGCGCGGCCGUGCGCACCUUCGUCUCACACUUCGGGGGCCGCGCGGUGACUGGCCACCUGACGCGGGCCGCUUCGCCCCUGCGCACCUUCUCGGUGCUGGAGCCCGGCGGGCCCGGCGGCUGCGCGGAGAGGCGUCGCGUCACCGUGGAGGAGACGGCCUUGGCGGCCGGCUGCCGUGUCGCCCAGAACGGCGGCUUCUUCCGCAUGGCCACGGGCGAGUGCCUGGGGAACGUGGUGAGCGACGGGCGGCGGGUGAGCAGCUCCGGGGGGCUGCAGAACGCGCAGUUCGGGAUCCGCCGCGACGGGACCCUGGUCACCGGGUACCUGUCUGAGGAGGAGGUGCUGGACACUGAGAAUCCAUUUGUGCAGCUGCUGAGCGGGGUCGUGUGGCUAAUUCGCAAUGGAAGCAUCUACAUCAAUGAGAGCCAGGCCACCGAGUGUGAUGAGACUCAGGAAACAGGUUCCUUUAGCAAAUUUGUGAAUGUGAUGUCCGCCAGGACGGCCGUGGGCCACGACCGGAAAGGGCAGCUGGUGCUCUUCCACGCAGAUGGACAGACGGAGCAGCGUGGCAUUAACCUGUGGGAGAUGGCGGAGUUCCUGCUGAAACAGGACGUGGUCAACGCCAUCAACCUGGACGGAGGCGGGUCUGCCACCUUCGUGCUCAACGGGACCUUGGCCAGUUACCCGUCCGAUCACUGCAAGGACAAUAUGUGGCGCUGUCCCCGCCACGUGUCUACCGUGGUGUGUGUGCAUGAACCCCACUGCCAGCCGCCCGACUGCAAUGGCCAUGGGACCUGUGUGGAGGGUCACUGCCAGUGCACGGGACGCUUCUGGCGGGACACUGCCUGCAGCGAGCUGGACUGUGGCCCCUCCAACUGCAGCCAGCACGGGCUGUGCACAGAGACCGGGUGCCUCUGUGAAGCUGGGUGGACAGGCUCCAACUGCAGCGAAGAGUGUCCCUUCGGCUGGUACGGGCCAGGCUGCCAAAGGCCUUGCCAGUGUGAACACCAGUGUCCCUGCGACCCCCAGACUGGCAACUGCAGCAUCUCCCAAGUGAAGCAGUGCCUCCAGCCAUCUGUCGCCCCCCAGAGGGCAGCAGAACUCUCCUUUUUCACCAGGACCACCUGGCUGGCGCUCACCCUGGCCCUGGUUUUCCUCCUGCUGAUCAGUACGGCAGCAAAUGUAUCCUUGUUCCUCGGCUCCCGAGCAGAAAGGAACCGGCACCUGGAUGGGGACUACGUCUACCACCCACUGCAGGAGAUGAACGGGGAGCUCCUGGCCAUGGAGAAGGAGCAGCCGGGUGACACCCACAGCCCCUUCAAGGACUGAAGCCUCGAGUUGCCCGCCAAGGCCUGCCCCACCAGCUUGCUUUCACGUGGUUCGGCUUCUGCAGGGGAAAUUCUGAGGCCACCGACGUUGCGCCGCAACCAAGCGUCCGAUAGCACCUGUGCCUCAGCCCCUCCCUGUCCCCCUGCCACAGCACACACAGUCCCAGCAAUACCGCGCUCCCUGGAGGGAGACUCCGGCUCCUGGCCCACCUGUGUCUGCUGCUCGAGAGGCCUGUCCCCGCACCCCACACACAGGAGGGUUUGCGCCACUGCCAAAGAGUCUCCGGCCUCCUGGGGAAGGGGCUGCUAGUGAACCAAACUCAGUGACCAAAUCAUGACACAGUGGCAGGUCCCAGCCAGCCCCCUAAGACAAGGUAGAUUAAAGGGGCAAGUCUCUACCUUCCUGGCCAAGCCACAGGACCCUUUUCUACAGACCUCAUACCAGAUUUGCGAACUAGAGUUCUAUUUCCUGUUAUAGGAAGCUCUUCAGAAGAAGGGACGGGGAGGGGAAUGAAGUGGCCAUGUUUACAGACCUAUUUUGUCUUCCUGCUGCUGAGAGGUGUUUUCUAUCACUUGAAUAAAUUGAUAUAAUAAAAGGUGCCACCAGGUGGUGUCUGAA